GGUGAGUAGUAAACGCUGCGCUCCUGUCCCUUGCAGGGACGAUUUGGGGCUCCUGGGCUCCGACUCUACCCUGAGCCAACAAGGUGUCCAGCCUCACACUCUUGGCCCAAGCUCGGACGCGCGGAGACACUGGCCCUAGCAUUGCCCUGGGAAGGUCCGUGGGGUUGCCUGGUCUAGCAGUCGCCUGGGAUCACUGCUGGCGCUCGAGGGGGCGGCGCCUCCCGACCUGGAGUGGGGCGCGCUGGUCCUUUGAUACCAAGCAGCCCUUUCGGAGCCGGAGUGCUGUGCACUUUUCCGAGGAGUCCCAGGCCUGGAAUGUUUCUGUGUGACACUAUUCCUCGAGAGACAAGAACAAACAUCUAUUUAUCCCAGAAAGGGAACUACUGACAGACCAAGAAUGAUCGUUGCCAUCCUGGACGGACUGCAGAGCUACUGAAUUACAUCCAUCUUCCGGCCACACUACAAAAGUUGUCAGUGGAGUUGAGAUGUUUAUUGCAGUAACCUCUGACCUUACGUGAUUUAAGGUAGAGAGUCUUUGGGAAAGUGCUGCAUGACAUUCACACAAGUCGUUUCUGUCUGCUGUGUCCAGCCUUCGAUUUGAGCCAGCAUGGCUUAUACCACAAAAGUUAACGGCUGCACUGCAGAAAAAGCAGAUGGGGUUCUGAAUGGAGACCAUAAGAAGGAGAAGAAAGACCCAUAUUUUGUGGAAACCCCUUAUGGUUUUCAACUCGAUUUAGAUUUCGUCAAAUACGUGGAUGACAUACAGAAGGGAAAUACUAUCAAGAAAUUGAACAUCCAGAAGAGACGAAAGCCGUCUGCGCCAUGUCCAGAAGUCAGGGCCGCAGCCGGCCAUCAAGGUGUGUGGACUUCCACUGAGUCCCUGUCAUCCUCCAACAGUGAUGACAGCAAGCAGUGUCCCAGCUUCCUCCUAGCCAGAAGCCACGUUACGUCAACCCCAAUCCCACGGCCACCUGCCCCGCUCGAGACCUCACUCACUUUUGCUCUCUCAGAAAACCGACAGCUGCUGCCCCCUCCCUCACCACAACUCCCCAGGCACAACCUCCAUGUCACCAAGACAUUGAUGGAGACCCGGAGACGACUCGAACAGGAGAGAGUCACCAUGCAGAUGGCACCGGGUGAGUUCAGAAGGCCCAGGCUGGCCAGUUUUGGAGGCAUGGGUUCCACGAGCUCCCUCCCGUCCUUCAUGGGGUCUGGGAACCACAGUUCUGCAAUGCACCAGCUUCAGAAUGGCUACCAAGGCAAUGGAGAUUAUAACAGCUACGUCCCAGGCGCUCCUACGACUUCUUCCAUGGGAAGCUCCGUCCGGCACAGCCCCUUGAGUUCAGGGAUCUCCACCCCAGUAACCAACGUGAGCCCCAUGCACCUGCAGCACAUCCGAGAGCAGAUGGCCAUUGCCUUAAAACGCCUGAAGGAGCUGGAGGAGCAGGUGAGGACCAUCCCCGUGCUCCAGGUUAAGAUCUCUGUCUUGCAAGAAGAGAAAAGGCAAUUGGCCUCGCAGCUGAAAAGCCAGAGGGCUGCGUCCCAGAACGAAACGUGCGGUGUGAGGAAGCGAUCCUACAGUGCAGGCAAUGCCUCCCAGCUGGAACUGCUUUCCCGAGCCCGACGGGGAGGCGGGGAAUUAUACAUCGACUAUGAGGAGGAAGAGAUAGAGAGUGUGCAACAGAGCACACAGAGGAUCCAGGAGUUCCGGCAGCUCACAGCCGACAUGCAGGCGCUGGAGCAGAAGAUUCAGGAUAGCAGCUGCGAGGCAGUAUCUGAGCUCAGGGAGAAUGGGCAGUGCCCGUCUCGGGAGUGCAAGUCUGUGGCGGUGGGUAGUGACGAGAACAUGAACGACGUCGUUGUAUACCACAGAGACUUCAGGCCCUGCAAGGAUACAGCUGUGGGGACGGUCACCGAGACGAGGAACUUUGGCAUCAGUGUGACAGAAGCCAUGCUUGGGGUUAUUACUGAGGCUGACAAAGAGAUCGAGCUGCAGCAGCAGACCAUCGAGGCCUUAAAAGAGAAGAUUUACCGCCUGGAAGUACAGCUGAAAGAAACCACCCAUGACCGGGAGAUGACUAAACUCAAACAAGAACUACAGGCUGCUGGAUCCAGGAAGAAGGUUGACAAGGCCACAAUGGCCCAGCCGCUUGUCUUCAGCAAGUUGGUGGAAGCGCUGGUGCCAACCAGAGAUCAAAUGGUUGGCAGUCAUGUGGACACAAGGGACUCAUGUGUCGGGACCUCUGUGCAAACCAGUAGCGUAGGCACCUCCUGCCAUCCCGACCGCAAGAACCAAGUCGCAGGGCCCGAGCUGCCUAUGAAUUGGUGGGUCGUGAAGGAGAGGGUGGCGAUGCAUGACCGCUGUGUAGGGAGGUCUGUUGAGACUUGUGACCGGAGCGUGGGUGUGGAAGUGAGUGUCUGUGAAACAGGCAGCAACACAGAGGCUUCUGGGAGCGACCUGACACUCCUUAAGACAAACUUGAACCUCAAAGACGUGCGGUCCAUUGGCUGUGGAGAUUGUUCCAUUGAUGUGAUUGUCUGCUUUCCCAAGGAGUGCACCUCCCGAAGCACAAACACGGAGGCUGUAGGCCAGGAGGAAGCCGCUGUCAUGGCGGCGCCCCACACUACAGACCAGCACACCAGCACCAAUCUGGAGCGGGUGGACCAGUGCACGAACACAGAGGCCGCCACCCUCGUGGAGUCCAGCACCAACACUCUCCUCAGCACUCUGGACAAGCAGACCAGCACCCAGACUGUGGAGAUGCGAACGGUGGCCAUCGGAGAAGGCCGUGUCAGAGACAUCAACCCCUCCACUAAGACUCGGUCUGUUGGCGUCGGGACAGUGCUGUCUGGCGGUUCUGAGUUUGACAAGCCGUGUGCUGUGAAGACCAAAGAGUCGGGUGUAGGACAGAUAAAUAUUCACGACAACUAUCUAGUUGGUCUCAAAAUGAGGACCAUAGCGUGCGGGCCUCCACAGUUGACUGCAGGACUGAUGGGCAGCAGGAGGAGCGUGGGCGUUGGGAACGAGCCUGUAGGGGAUCUCCUGGAGGAGCCUCCUCAGCCUCAGGUUGCGCCUGGAAUGAUGACUGGCUUGGAUCACUACAUUGAGCGCGUGCAGAAGCUGCUGGCAGAGCAGCAGACGUUGCUGGCUGAGAACUACAGUGAGCUGGCGGAGGCUUUUGGGGAGCCGCAUUCACAGAUCGGCUCCCUCAACUCACAGCUCAUCAGCACCCUGUCGUCCAUCAAUUCCGUCAUGAAGUCUGCAAGCACUGAAGAGCUCAGGAACCCUGACUUCCAGAAAUCCAGUCUGGGUAAAAUUACAGGAAAUCACUUGGAAUGUACCUGCAAAUGUGGAGGCCUUCGGUCAGGAGGACUGUCAAAUGUGCAAACAUCCCAGCCUGAGGUGGAUGCGGAGACAGCAGAAGGCCAGCACAGCCCGGGCCAUGAGCAGUUCCCCACGCAGGGAAAUGCCCUGCCCCUGGUGAACCUGACAGAUGACCAGAUAGCCACCGGCCUCUAUGUAUGUCCAAAUAAUGAAAAUACACUGAAGUCCAUCAUGAAGAAAAGCGAUGGGAAUAAAGAUUCGAAUGGAGCCAAAAAGAAUCUUCAGUUCAUUGGCAUUAACGGCGGGUAUGAGACAACUUCAAGUGAUGAUUCCAGCUCGGAUGGAAGCUCUUCUUCCGAGUCAGAUGACGAGUGUGACACCAUUGGGUAUCCUCCCGAGGAAGAGGAGGAGGAGGAGGAAGAGGAGGACCACGACACUCGGGGAAUGGCGGAAGGGCACCACGCAGUUAAUAUUGAAGGUUUCAAGUCUGCCAGGGUGGAAGAUGAGGUGCAGGUCCCAGAAUGUGAACCUGAGAAGGAGGAAAUCAGAGAGAGGUAUGAAUUAAGUGAAAAGAUGCUGUCUGCCUGCAGCUUAUUGAAAUAUAACAUAAAUGACCCCAAAGCGUUGGCCAGCAAAGAUAUGAGGAUCUGUCUGAACACCCUCCAGCAUGAGUGGUUCCGCGUGUCCAGUCAGAAGUCCGCUGUGCCGGCCAUGGUGGGCGACUACAUCGCCGCGUUUGAGGCUGUCUCCACGGACGUGCUCCGGUACAUCAUCAACAUGGCGGACGGCAAUGGGAACACCGCCCUCCACUACAGUGUGUCCCACUCCAACUUCCAGAUCGUCAAGCUGCUUCUGGAUGCAGACGUGUGUAAUGUAGACCACCAGAACAAGGCAGGGUACACGCCGAUCAUGCUGGCAGCCCUCGCCGCCGUGGAGGCGGAGAAGGACAUGCAGGUUGUAGAAGAACUCUUCAGCUGUGGAGACGUGAAUGCCAAGGCCAGUCAGGCAGGACAGACAGCCCUCAUGCUGGCCGUCAGUCAUGGGCGGAUAGACAUGGUGAAGGGCCUGCUGGCCUGCGGGGCUGACGUGAAUAUCCAGGACGACGAGGGCUCCACUGCCCUGAUGUGCGCCAGUGAACACGGGCAUGUGGAAAUCGUGAAGCUGCUGCUGGCCCAGCCAGGCUGCAAUGGCCACCUGGAGGACAAUGACGGCAGCACCGCUCUCUCCAUCGCCCUGGAAGCUGGACACAAGGACAUUGCUGUUCUUCUGUACGCCCACCUCAACUUCUCGAAAGCCCAGUCUCCGAGCACCCCGAGGCUUGGAAGAAAGACAUCUCCUGGUCCCACUCACCGAGGUUCUUUUGACUGAUCAUGUAAACGUGGCCACCACGAAGCUGCUAGUUACUCCUGUUGGGGUGACAGAUACUGAAUGUAUAUGGACCAUGACAAGCAGACCAGCAAAUGGAAGAGUGAAGGAGGGGCGGCUGAAGGCUGAUGCUUCUGCAGGGACAUCCAGGCUGUUCGGAAAUGGCCAAGCUAGGUGCAGGCCGCCCCUCUAGCCCUCUGCUCUGGUGGGGCUCAGGCCCAGCUCCGCAGUUGCUGAACUGGCUCCGUUAUUUGCAGUGGUAGGAAAUGGCAGGCGUUUCUACCAUGUAUCAAAUGUCACAAUUCUCUAUGACAUUGUAGUUUUGAACUUUUCCACAAGUACUUUUAAUUUACUAAAUGUGGAGCCUUUGGGAAGCCCUUCCAGUAUUCCGUUCCAGGGUGCUUCUGUUCGCUUCUCUUUUGUCUUUUAAAAGAAGGAACCUUGAGGGAGAGGACUUUGAUCUUCAGCAACUUGCCCCCCCCCCAGGCUGAUGAUUUCCCCCGCUUAAAAAUAGAAGAUGGGACUCUCAAACCAUAUGUAUAAACCUACAACAAGAAAUAUUUCCAGUUGGUUUAUCGAGGUGGAUGUAUUAUUAUGGCUUUUUAUAUAAAAGACUUCUAUAUGAAAUUGACAACAGUAUUUUCAACUUUUAUAUUACACAGAACAGUCAUAAAGAGCUACAUGUAAUGUUACAUUUUAAGCAACUGCCCAACUGUGUCUCUAUCUGGCGAUAAAGAUUUAAAUUAGGUUAGAGGACUGGGUUCCAGAUUUGCGUCUGUGGGGGCAGAGUAUAGUUCUCUGUGUAUUUCUCUCAUAUGCCACGUUUACUUUUGGCCCUGUAUAUGUAUUUAAAUGUUUGAAGUGCCUUAGACUCUUGCCAUAUUUUCAAAAUAAAAUUUCAUUAAGCUCU